ACUUUCUCUCUAUCCGCAACAUUUGGGUUUGGUUGGAUUUUAUUUUCUUUUAUUUUUCUCGUUGAAUCAUUUCCCCCAAACGCGAUCCUCGUUUCAUAUGCGCUAUCGUCUCGCCGGGAAAUUCUUGCGCUCGAUUCACGUUACUAAGUUUGAAACAUUCCGAUUAAUCAGAACAUCAGGAGUCAGCAAUAAGAGGUGAGUUUCUGUUAUCCGAUUAUAGAAACUGUUUUUUGGGAGUAAGAUUCCAGGUUCAGUAUUUAGAUCUAAAGAUCUUGACUUCGGACUUCGGGUUUUCUCUGCUCGAUUGUGGGGGUUUUCAUUCUCUACGCAAUCAUACUGUUCGAUUUCUUCUUCUCAGUUAUUGGAUUUCUAUCAUCAGUAGUUAAUUUCUAUUGAGAAUUCUACGAUACUUUGACACCGAAGCGCAGAUCGUUGCAACAACAUGGAAGAAGAUAAUGGAGAAACCCUCAACACCAACACUAUCUCCCCUGCAGAUCUACAGCCGGCCUCCAUUUCAACCCCUGAUCAUCCACUCAACAAUGCUUUUGGCUCACUGAACGACAUCUGCUAUGAACUCUCCUCCCUUCAAGAUCUCGCUUGUCGUGGCUCAUGGAAAACAAUCCUCGACAAAGUUGCUCGAGCACGCACACAGUCUCUUCUUUCCAAACCUCACGAACACUUAAUCUAUUUGUCAUAUAACACCAUAGCUCUCACAAAACUCCGUCGUUUCUCUGAUGCAGUAACUGAACUCGAUUCCCUUGAAAAUGGCAUAGACAACGUGAUCUACACUUAUGAAAAUUACCCUCAUCAUUACCCUAAUCGUUAUGGCUCCAUGGCCCCCUUUUCCCUCCGGUGGUUGUACGCUGAACUCCCUUCAAGAGUAGGCAAUCGUCAAGAAACCCUAGAUCGAUUCUACAUCCUACUACAUUUUGUUAGAGAGAAAACCAAAACCACAAAAGAUUCAUCAGGUAAGUCAGAUGAUAUAUGGAAGAAACGUGAAGGGUUGGUGAUUAAUUCGAUCAUAAGUCAUCAUUUGAGUCAUAAAGAAUUUGUUGUAUGUUUGGAUUUGAUCAAAGAUCUGAUCAAACGUGAUUCAAAUUCAACUGCUAGAGCAGUAUUGAUAUCAAAACUAGGUUACAUCCAAAUGCAAUUAGGGGAUUUGGAAGGAGCAAAGGGUAGUUUUGGUAUUGUUGAGGGGAUUUCGACUGAAGAAACCGUUGAAAUGAAGAAUCUUGUGAACAGGAACAAGGCAUUGAUGUUUAUGGUUGGGAAAGAUUAUGUGUCUGCUGUAAGGGAAUACCAGGAGUGCAUUGAUAGAGAUGAUUCGGAUGUUGUUGCUAUUAAUAACAAGGCACUUUGUUUGAUGUAUUUGAGGGAUUUAUCAGAUUCUAUUAAAGUGUUAGAAAGUGCAUUGGAAAGAGUCCCAACUGCUGCUUUAAACGAGACUUUUGUGGUGAAUUUGUGUAGUAUGUAUGAGUUGGCUUAUGUUAAUCACACGGAUAUCAAGAAGACUCUUAGCAAUUGGAUUGCUCGUGUGGCGCCUGAUGAUUUUGAUAGUUCAUCUACUCGUGUAUGAGCUAUGAGGUGUAAUUUGAUAAUGAAUUGACAUGUAAUAGUUGAUACCUAACACAACGGAGACUUAGAGAUUUAAUAAAUUGAUGAACAGGUUGAGAUUGGCUUAUAUUGAAAAUAAUUUGGUUAAAAAAAAAAGAAAAAGAAAAUAGCCAUAGGGUCAAGAAAAACUUCAUACCCCCAAAACCAAGGUUUUUAUUUAUGCUCCCACUUGAUUCGUUGUUGUCUGUGUUAUAUUAUAUGUUUUCUUCUUAACUGAUUAUUAGAUUGUAGUUGUUUGAUAUCUUGUACAAACCAAUACUGAUGCUCGAACCGGUUUAUUGUUUUCUUGUUAUCAUCAAUGUAUAGUUUUUAUCAUUUAAGAAUCAAAAUGUUGAACUUUCGGCUGUGAACUUGCCUUUAUUGCUUUCAAAAUCGACGUCUUUUAGCGAGUUGUUUAAGGAGAAAGAAAUAGGGGACUUAUUAUCUAAGUCUAGUUUGGAUGAGCAAUGAAAUUAGGGUAAAUAUUUGAUGUUUACAUUUUACAUUUCUUGUUUAAUUACAUUGAUUCUCUUAUGAGUUAUAUUUCUUUAUAGUCGAUUUUUUUACAUGCGAUUUUUAUGUUAAAAAACUUUUACAGCGCAAAGAUAAUUUCUAUGUAUCGAACAAAUAAAUAUUUUUGUUAAUUUUAUAUUUAAAGUUCGAGGUGAACAAUUUGAAACGUCAAAUGACCUUUUAGAUUCAAUUUGCAAUUCAAAACUAGAAUAAUAUUCAAAUACAAUGAUUGAAAUAGUACAUGAAUGUCAAGGAGAUAGGUUGGAGACUUCAAAUAUCAAGAAAAUUUUUAAAAUAAGUGAUUGAUACAUUAUUUUUUUUGGUUUUUGUUUCAACAAUUAUAAAUUUUUUAAUUAACUUUGAAUAUAGUAACUUCCUUAUAUGACCUUGGAAGUUGGAACAAGGUUAUUUUUUUUUCUAGAUUGUAGUAUUGUGUGAGCUUUAUUUUAAAGCUCAAAAACCCUCUUAAUCUCUUAAGAAUUCACCGACUUUUACAGCUUCAAGCAGGGUUAUUGGGGGUUUUUUUUUUGUUUUUUUAUUUCAGUAUUUUAUAAAUUUUUUUACUCAACUUUGAAGAUACAUAACUUCCUCAUAUGACCUUCGAAUAAGGGUUUUUUUUAGAUUGUAGUACACUGUGUGAGCUUUAUUUUACUCAAAAAAACAUUUUAAUAUGUUAAAAGUUUACUCACUUAAACAACUCUAAAUAGGGGUUGUUGGGUUUUUUGAUUUUUGUUUCAGCAUUUUAUAAAUUUUUUACUCAAAUUUGAUCAUACAUUUCACUUGCAACCUGAAA